CUAGGUAGCUUCCUCAUACUAGUGUUCAAUACUUACCACGAGAAGGAGAAAGCAAAUGGGGAGUCUCGCCAUGGAAGGCGACAACCAUAACCAGCCACUUCAGGUGGUCAUGUUCCCAUUUCUAGCCUUCGGCCACAUCUUCCCUUUCGUCCAUCUCUCCAACGCCCUUGCUGCUAAUGGCGUCAACGUCACCGUCCUCACCCUUCCCUCCCUCGUCCCCAAGAUUCGCCUCUCCCUCGACCCUAACAUCCCCAUCCUCAGCAACAAACUUCCCCCCAUCGACGGCCUUCCGUCCGAUGUCUACAGCACGAAGUGUACGUGGCAUGCUCUCCAACGCCCACAUCUCCGGCUCAGCCGCCUGGUCUCCUGCAUGUCCCGCAGCGAUGCCAUCGCCGUGAGGAGCACCUACGAGGUGGAGGCGCCUUCGAUUAACUACCUGUCUUCUCAAUGCCGGAAGCCGGUGCUGCCCACCGGCGUGCUCCUGCCGAAGGCCCCAGCCGGAGACCUAGAGCCGAAGCUGGCCAAGUGGCUCAACAAGUUCCCAAAGGGCACAGUUGUUUUCUGCUCUUUCGGAAGCGAGUCGUCUCUAUCGGUGAAGCAGAUGAAAGAGCUGGUUGCGGGGCUCGAGAUGACCGGAUUCCCGUUUCUGGCUGUGCUCAACACUGCUGCCGACGCGCCUAAGGCGAAGAAGCAAGAGUUAGAGGCGGAGAUAGGAGAGAAGGCAGGAGGAAGGGGGAUGGUGAGCAGCGGGUGGGUAAACCAGCCACUCAUCUUGAGGCAUCCGGCGGUCGGCUGCUCCAUCAACCAUGGUGGCUGGAGCUCUAUAGUGGAGGCGGCGGAGGCAGGGUGUCAGUUGGUGAUGUUACCGGUGAAGGGAGACCAGUACCCGAACACGAAGCUGAUGGUCAUGCAGCUUAGGGCAGCAGUGAAGAUCAACAGGAGAGCUUGGGAUGGGUGGUUCACCAGGAAAGCAGUGAGGACCGUAAUGGUUGAAGGUUCGAAGAAGGGGAAGGUGGUGAGUGUAAGAAAUCAAAAUGAAGAAAUAAUUAAAGGGACAUAAAAUUUUAAAGUGGUUCAGCCAAUAGGCCUACGUCCACUACUCUAUCAUUUCUUGCUUGCCUUUCUUUGGUGGAGAGACUCAUUUAUAUAGA